AGGCACUUGGUACUGAAUUAUGCAUGCAAUGACUUGACCAGAUGCAGAUAGAGAUCGUCUAACAACAUUCACUAUUACGCAAGUGUCAUUUGGAAACAACAUGAUCUUAGCUGCAGUUUCUAAGGAGGAGAAUGCAGUUAACAGGCGAGGUUGAAAUGCUUGAAGAACCUGAUGCUCUUAAUCUGGAGAGACAGUUGCGUGAGAUAUUACAUGAACUCCAGCUUAAACGUGGGCAAGUAGAAGAAGGUCGUGAAGCAUUGCACCAAGCAGUAUUAAUUCAGCAUGAGUUAGAGAGGGCACUGGAUUCAGAGAAGCGUAAUAAUGAGGAGAUGCAGGCACAACUUGAAAUAGCUAUGGCUGCUGCACACAGGUGGGAAGAAGAACGCAGCAGCCUCCAGCAGGCAGCAUCUCGUCACCGCCUACAGCUGGAGACUACAUUGCAAGAAAGAGAUGCGUUGCGUGACCAGGCCAGGGCAGUACAGUUAGAGAAUGUGAAGCUCCAACAUACUAUAGAUGAACAAGAUCGACAACUGAAGUGUCAGCUGGCAUAUCAAGAAAAUUGUGUUACUCGUCAGAAUAAGCUAACUGACUCAGUACGAGAAUUAAGAAGUCAAAUGCAAAAAUUAGAAGAAGACUACCACAGACUUCAAAGUUCUGUUGAGGCUACAAAGAAACUUAGCUCACAAGUACAGCUUUCUGCAGAACACAUUACCUUCUUGCAUGAAAAGGAGAAGAGCAAGACUGCAUCCCUUGAAAAAAAGAUUGUAGCCCUUGAAGCUGAGAUCCAGAAGCUCCAAAGUGAGAAGAACAUAAAUAAUGGGCUGCCAUAUACUGAUUUCCAAAAAACUGAAAUUGAACAGGUAUCAGCCCACGAGCUGCAGUCACAACUAUCAGCUGAGCGUGAUGGAAAUGCACAAUUGCAAGCUGCCUUAGAAGAUGCACUCAGAGCACAAGUUCAUUUCCAACAGCUGGAGGAAAAUGUGUCUCAGCAACUAAGCUGUGUUUCAUCAGAAUUAAGCAUGAAGGAAAAAUAUAUAUCACAACUUGAAUCUGAUAAAUCUUGUCUCUGUAAUGAAGUGGCAGCUAUAAAGAAAGAACUCAAACUAAUGGAAGAAGCUCUAAUGGACAAGGAUGCAUCUAAUAAGAAAACAGAUGCCAAGAACUCAGAAACUCAGACAGAUAUAGUCAUAGAAAAAAGUGAGAAAGGUGUUAUGUUUCAAGGGGCAGAUGAAUCUUACAGUAAUAAAAUGGCUUUGACAAUUCCUGAAGAGCAGUCAGUACAAACAGAUGGUCAACAUCCUGAGUUUAAAGACAGCAAACACCGUUGGGUUGACUUAAUUGGUGUCUUGAAGUACCGAAGUGCAGAUUUCCACUGCUCAUGAAGAUGAAGCAAUGGGUUCAGCAUUGCUGUGACAUUGUUACUAUUUACUUUUGUGGGGGAAUGUCUGAGCAACACAAAUAGGUAGCACCAGUUAGGUAUUGUAUGGUAAAAAAUACCAGUUAUGUCACUCCAAUUGACACCAGAAGAACUGAAUUUGUGAAUAUUCACCAAUUUACUGCAAAUGUUCUAAUGAGUUUGGUGUUCACUGUGAUGACAAUGUAAUGACUUUAUCAUUUAUUUUUUUAAAUAAUGUUUCUAAUCCCUGUCUUGUUCUUGACAUUGAGCUUUGGAAGUUGAUACUGAAGAUCUUGCAGGAACCUCUUCAGGGACAUAAGGAUUCUUACACUUGAUUGCCUAUACAUAUACUCCCUAAUGGUAUGUGUGAUUAAUAACAAGAGUGAAUUUAGAGCAAACUCAGCUAUUCACAACUACAAUACUAGAAGCAGAAAUAAUUUCAAUAGA